GUCGUCCUGUAUCGGAUACGGGGGGCGGGCUCCGAUGAAGGAGCUGUCGGAGCUCGGGAAGCGGAGCUGGGAGAGGCCGAGGCUCGGGCCGGGGCCUGCACAGCCACCGGGGACAUGCGAGGCGCAGCGGCAGAGGAGGAGGCCGCGUCCUACCGGGUGCUGAGCCGGCUGCUAGGCUGCGGAGCAGAAGCCGGGGAAGAGGCAGCCAGGCCCAGGCUCAUGGUUUUCCGGAAUAUGCUGCGAGGAGAAGAGGUGGAGGAUGCAGAGGCCUCCAAGGAGCCGGGGGCAGGCGUAGAAGCGGUGCCUGCAGACGGGGUGCCCCAGCCGGCAGAGCUGUGCAACCGGCACCGGAAGGCAACGCAGUCUGGGGUGGGCCUGGAGCUGCAGCUGGGGGCGCUGGGGCUGCGGGGGGCCGGCUGUCCGUGUGAGGAGACCAGCGACGCUCUGCUGGUGCUGGAGGCCCCCGAGGCCCGGAGACUGGAAGAGGAGGAGGACGGUGAGGGGGACGGGCAGGCUGGAGCGGCGGCACGGAGGAGUGCGGGGAGGAAGGGGUCUCUGCGGAUCCGUCUGUCCAGGAUCUUCCGCACCAAGAGCUGCGCCGGGACCGCGGGAGCUGCCGACCGGAGAGGAGCCGGGGACCUGGGGGGCUCCGGGGGGAGCCUGACGGACAUGUGCAGGGACAAGGAGCUGGAGCUGGGCAGGAAGCCCCGUUUGACCAGAACUCAAAGUGCCUUCUCUCCAGUCUCCUUUAGUCCUCUCUUUACUGGUGAAACAGUAUCUCUAGUGGACGUGGACAUAUCACACCGAGGUUCAUGCUCUACCCACCCCCCUACUCCUCCCCCACCUCCUCGCAGGAGCCUGAGUCUUCUAGAUGAUAUUGGAGGUAUACAACCAGCGUCUGUUCUAGUGGGUCCUAUGGGGUCCUCGCUACAGUCCUUCCCGCUGCCUCCACCGCCUCCACCACAUGCUCCCGAUCCCCUGCCUCGGGUAGUUCCUCUUCGGCCACCUGAGUGUGUGCCAGUCCCACUGGUACAGCCCUUACAAUGCCCCAUUCUCCGCCAGGAUCCCAGUAGUUUUGCUGCAAGUCUGAGAGAACUGGAAAAGUUAAUGGGGUCCAGUGGUGAACUAUGGCAUCCGGCUAGGUCAGGCCAGUGCGCUCUGGUAGGCUGUUCUCUGCCAGAUAACUUAAAUGGAGGUCUUCCUCCUACCCCAGUACAACUACUAUACCCCGUUUCCCGCUUCAGCAAUGUGAAAUCUCUUCAGCAUUUAUGCCGAUUUCGUAUUAGACAACUGGUCCGGAUAGAUCACAUUCCUGAGCUCCCUCUACCCAAGCCUCUCAUCUCAUACCUGCGCAAGUUCUACUACUAUGACCCCCAAGAAGAAAUAUACCUGUGUUUAAAGGAGGCCCGUCACGUCCCCAAAUUGGAGUUUGGGACAGAGAGCUCCACGUAGCAAGGCUCCUACAUGUAACUUAGUGUCUUGGAUCCAGGAAACUUUGUGCUGGUAUUGAGUACACUGGACCCACCCCAGGGGAUGGAAGGUCCCCCCGAAGGACCUUCAGUGGACCACGUCUAAGUCUCCCUCCUGCCCCUUAAAAAGACUAAUGGGUGCUAAUUUAACUUGGAUUUGGGUGUCACACUGCCAGCACCCUGAUGUAUCCCCACCCCCCUGAUUUCCAAGAGCCCCAACUGGAAUGUGAGUUGCUGGUCACACUGUUCUGCUAGCAUCCUUGCUAUGUUACAGUAUUGUAUUUUGAUGAAAUUUCUUUGUAAUGAAAUGGAACAACAGGGGCACUUGCCCCGUCAUAGCUACUGAACAACUGUCCGCCAUCUACUGAAUCUUCUUCAGGGCUUCCUGUGUGUUGAGCAACACUUGAUAUUCAUUUACAAUAGUAGGAGUCUCCGGUCCUCCAGAAAGGACCGUUUGUAAAGGUCCGCAGAGACCAGACAUCUCAUGAGCAGAACUGGAAAGCCCUCUUGGCCGAUUUUCACUUUGUGGACUAAGCAACUUAUGACCGUCUUGCCCUGAACCUGCUAAAGGGAGGACAGAUCAGCGUUUUACUACUGAAGGAGAAGAGAAAUUCUACUUUUUAAACAGUGACCGUCCUUCCGUCCUGUCUUGUGACUUCUCACAUUUCGGUCUCUCGACACAGGCCUUUAUAACACUGGAGAAAGGUUGCCACUGGGGAUAAUGCAUCCAUUUCUAACAGGAUGGGUAUGGCUACCUGGUACACUGGUUAAGUAGAGCGGUGAUAGUUGUACCCACAACGAGUGGCAACUGACUGCUGUAGCCACCCCACGUGACCACACAGAAUUGAUUGUUGAACCGUAACAAUUUAUCCUUUUUUUUAAAAUUUUAUUUUAUUUUUAUAUUAUUUAUCCUGAGGGGUAAGGAUUUUUCUUUUGUUGCCCUUAAAAGGGAAAAUGUAAAUUAAUCUCAUGGAGGAAACCAAUCUCCAGCACAACCUUAAUCCCCCCACCUUCCUACUGAAUUUUGUGUAUAUUUUUGUUGCGCUUAAUUUAUUGAAAAUAGUCUGUGUGUAAUUUAUUUUAUUGUCUUUUGACUCUUUCUUCCUUGUUGGAUUUUAAUAUAUGAAAACUGCUGCAAAUCUGGUCCCCACAUGCAUAUUUGGGAAGUCAGGAACAAAAAAAGAACAUUUUAAGGUGUCCUUCAAGCCCUGUUUGUAUAUAAUGUGUUAUAGGCAUGAGAGGGACACAUUCUUCCCAAUUUAAUUUUUAUUUUUUAAGCAUAUAUUUUGGACACCCAAGAGAAUUUUCUUUGUAGACGUUGAAUAGGAAAAACUGCAAAACCUGUUUUGUGUUAGUGAUCAGUCUUUCUAUUUUGUCUCUCCCUCCCCACCCCAAGACAUUAAAGCAUUCAGUUGCGUCUUGAUUUCAGCUACUGUCUCUGAUGAAUUGAUUAUUUUUUCUUAUUUUUUUUUUCCUGCCAUGUUGAAUACUUCAAGACGGGUGGAGAUGGGUUUAAAAUAAACGAUUUAGAUAUAACUA